AUGGGCGCGUUCUCGUUGCUGUCGCGAACGCACAAGCCGAUUUAUGCGAAGGUCAGUACGAUGGAAGCCGACCUCGAACGAAUUGUUAUUGAUAAAAGUUGGACUGGUCGUCACUUAUUCGAAGCUGUAUGCCGAAUAAUCGGUCUACGCGAGACCUGGUUUUUCGGACUUCAAUUCAUAAACAAAAAGAAUAUUCCUUGUUGGUUGCAAAAUGAUAAAAACAUUUGCAAUCAAGAUGUUCCAAAAGACUCCGAUGGCAGCUUUCACUUCUUAUUUCUUGUCAAAUUCUAUCCAGAAGACGUCGAAACUGAAAUUAUUCUGGAUUUGACUCGCCAUUUGUUCUUCCUUCAAAUCAAACAAGCAAUUCUUUCGAUGGAUUUGUAUUGCUCACCUGAAGCAAGUGUUCUGUUAGCUAGUUUUGCUGUCCAGGCAACGCAUGGAGAUUGCACAGAGGAAGAAGGACUACAAGACCUGGAAAAAGUUCUACCCAAAAGUGUAAUUGAGCAAUAUGAUAUGAGUCCGGAUAUGUGGCGGGAAAGGAUAAAACGAUGGUGGUCAAGGAAUGCUGGACAAUCGCGAGAAGAAGCCGAGUUGGAGUACCUUCGGGUAGCUCAAGACCUUGAAAUGUACGGAAUCCUUUAUUAUCCGAUAUGUAAUAAGAAGGAGACAGACCUACAUUUGGGAAUCUCUGCACAAGGUCUUGGAAUCUAUAAGGGCGUUAAUCGGAUAACGCCGCGACCGUUUUUUAGUUGGAGUGAAAUCAAAAAUAUUCAAUUCAAGAAUCGAAAGUUUCACAUGAAAACAGUCGACAAAUCAACAAUAUCAUUUCGAUCGCGAGAGAGCUCAAUCGACUCUUCGAUUCUCGAUCUGUGUAUUGGAACGCAUAAUUUAUAUUUGCGACGUCGGCAACCCGACACGCUGGAAGUGCAGCAAAUGAGGUCUCAAGCUCAUGAAGAUAAGCAGAGGCGAAUGCAAGAAAUGACGAAACUUUCGCUGGAGAGGAAGGAACGGGUUCAAGCUGAAAACGAGUGUAAAGAGCUGAAAAUGCAGGUGGAGCGAAUGACAAUUGAAUUAAUGAAGGCUCAGGAAGCGAUACGAAAAGCCGAAGAAGUUAACGAUCAAUUAGUGGAAAAAGCGCAACAUCGAGAAAAAGAAGCGCUGCUUCUUCACAAACAAAAAAGUGAGAUGGAAGCAGAAUGCAAUCGAUUGAGCAUGAGCAACAUGAAGUCGGAAGAAGCUCUGCUCAGGAUGGAGAGGAAAGCAAGAGAUGCUGAGAUUCUAGCAAAGCAGAUGUCGAUGUCGCUGGCAGAUGUCACGUUGGACGCAAGCAGGAAACCGCUAUAUUCGAGCUAUUCCGCAUUGAUCACGGAUCCAAUGUGGACUAACACGCAGACAACCGUGAGCAAUUCGGGAUCGUACCAUCAAUUACAAACUCUUGACAAUCCUGGAAUGUCAAGGAGUAUGCACAUGCCGACAUCCAAUGGUUAUCCGUCGAAUCCGAUGAUGACGAGCCUUCCGCCGCAGCCAACCACCACAGUUCCGACAUUUUAUGGAGGAGGAUCGAUGAUAAUGGCUCCACCGCCACCCGAUCCAUCGAUCUCACAAAUCUACGAACUUCAGAACAUCCGAGCGGAACUCGAAAAGUCGCGAUUAGAGUAUGAGAAGCGCGCGGCGUUGUUCAAGGAGCAUCUCGAAGAGCUUCGAGAAGAUAUCGACGGUCUGAAGCGGGAGAACGUGAACGGCGCUAGCGCGACUCAACGCGAACACGAGGCGGUCCACGCGCACAACGUCGCUCACGGCUUUGACAAGUUCACAACAAUGCGGAUGAAAAAGUCAAAAUCUGCAAGUUCGCUCGGUUCGAACCGAGAAUUUCGCGGUUCUCGUGCAGCGGUCAUUUCGAUCUGCAGCAGCAGCUCAUCGUUAUUGUCUGAAGCGCCUCUGGCCCUAUUCCGAAAGCAACUUUCAUGCGAUGAAUACGAUUUUUGA